UACAUCUCAUUCGGAUCACUCAGCGCACACCAAAUCAGCUUCCGUCAUUUCGUCAGAUUCUAUCUCCACUUCUACCGAAAACUUUUCUCCUGAUUUGAGGAUACUCAGAGAAUCUAAUAAAUUAGCCGAAAUGGAAGAGCCCCCUUUACUACCAGGAGAAACUAUUAAGGACAUGGCAAAAGAUGUUACUCAUAUCUGCCCGUUUACCGGAGGUAUUCGAGGAACUUUGACAGUUACAAAUUACAGACUGUAUUUUAAAAGCAUGGAAAGGAACCCUCCCUUUGUUCUAGAUGGUCCUCUUGGAGUGAUUAACAGAGUAGAGAAAAUUGGAGGAGCUUCCAGUCGUGGUGAAAAUUCAUAUGGCCUAGAAAUUGUGUGCAAGGAUAUCCGGAAUCUUCGGUUCGCUCAUAGGCCUGAAGGUCGCACGAGAAGAGCCAUAUUUGAGAACUUGACAAAGUAUGCAUUUCCAAUGUCCAAUCACUUGCCUCUGUUCGCAUUUGAGUAUAAAGAAGUUUUCCCCGAAAAUGGCUGGAACGUUUAUGAUCCGAUUUUGGAGUACAGAAGACAGGGCAUUCCUAAUGAAAGUUGGAGAAUGACUAGCCUCAAUGAACAAUACGAGCUUUGUGAUACCUACCCUGCCCUUCUGGUAGUUCCAGCCAAUAUUCCAGAUGAGGAGUUGAAGAAAGUGGCUGCGUUCCGGUCAAGGGGCCGUAUACCUGUUCUAUCAUGGAUUCAUCCAGAGAGCCAAGCCACCAUCACUCGCUGCAGCCAGCCAAUGGUUGGCGUCAGUGGCAAGAGGAGCAAAGAAGAUGAAAAGUAUCUUCAGGCAAUCAUGGAUUCCAAUGCCCAGUCCCACAAAAUACUCAUCUUUGAUGCCAGGCCAAGUGUCAACGCAGUCGCCAACAAGGCUAAAGGAGGAGGCUAUGAAAGCGAGGAUGCUUAUCAGAAUGCGGAAUUGGUUUUCCUGGACAUCCACAAUAUCCACGUCAUGAGAGAAUCACUGAGGAAACUGAAAGAGAUUAUAUAUCCUAACAUAGAAGAGACACACUGGCUGUCAAAUUUGGAAUCCACUCAUUGGCUGGAGCACAUCAAGCUGAUUCUCGCUGGAGCUCUUCGGAUUGCUGACAAAGUGGAAUCAGGGAAGACCUCAGUAAUUGUACAUUGCAGUGAUGGUUGGGAUCGUACUGCUCAGCUCACCUCUCUGGCCAUGCUCAUGUUAGACGGCUAUUACAGGACAAUACGAGGCUUCCAAGUACUGAUAGAGAAAGAAUGGCUAAGUUUCGGGCACAGAUUCCAGCUGAGAGUUGGCCAUGGAGACAAAAAUCACGCGGAUGCUGACCGAUCUCCUGUUUUCCUACAAUUUGUGGACUGUGUCUGGCAGAUGACGAGACAGUUUCCGACAGCUUUUGAAUUCAACGAGUUCUUGCUCAUCACUAUCCUUGACCAUCUCUACAGCUGCCUCUUUGGGACCUUCCUGUGUAACAGUGAACAGCAGAGAGUGAAAGAGGGCCUUUCGGAAAAGACCGUAUCACUGUGGUCCUACAUCAACAGUCAGCUGGAAGACUUCAGCAACCCUCUGUAUGCCAGCUACACCAAUCAUGUGUUGUAUCCGGUGGCCAGCAUGCGUCACUUAGAGCUUUGGGUAGGAUAUUACAUCCGGUGGAAUCCUCGAAUGAAACCACAGGAACCCGUCCACAAUCGCUACAAAGAACUCCUGGCCAAACGAGCGGAACUCCAGAAAAAAGUGGAAGAGCUCCAGCGAGAAAUCACCAACCGCUCCACUUCCUCCUCGGAGAGGGCCGGUUCCCCUGCGCAGUGUGUUACUCCGGUCCAGACGAUUGUAUGACAUCGCGCUCUCCUGACUUCCAAAACCUGGCGCUCUUCCCCAACGCCUUGACCGCGUCCCCUGGCUGGCCUCGAGGGGAGCUGUAACCCAACACAGUGGGAAAGCGACAGAUCGAGGAGAAGCCCCUGGGAAAGGACUCCCUGUUGGUGGCCCCUUUUUCUAAGAAAGAAGCUUUCUUAAGUCUAGAGACACUGUAUUUAUUAUGGUCUACUUCUCCAGGGUAUUUUAUUACAGCGGUAACACUACAAGAGGUGGAAUCUUUUCUUUCGUUUAAAAACAUCUUAUAUAAUUACUUUUCUUGUGGACUAAUUAAGAGGAAAAGUAGCUGCAUGGCAUCUCAAGACCCAACUAUAGGAGGCUUAUUAAGGAGUUCAAAAUCUUUAGCAUUGACUUUUGUGGGGGAGUGAUGCACUUAUACAGGGUCCUACUUAUUUCAAACCUCAGCUGCCUGAAUGCAAAGAGCCUCAUAGGGACUACCGAUACAUACAUACGGUGGGCUUGGCUGAUUUUACCUUGCCCACUUUGAAACGGCUCCACAAAACACAAAAGGAUUUGCAAGUGGAGUGCAACUCAUCAUGCAUUGCAUUUUAGGAAAGAAGAAUAUUCAUUGCAAUCGUGUGUAUGAAAGUCAUGCAUUAUUGGCUUCUGAUGCUUAUCACUCAUAAGACUAUUUUGUGCCUCAUUCUUACAGAAAUGUGACCUCCAAAGGGGGGGGGGAAAGCAAGAAUUCAAAACUUCUGAGGUUAAUUGCUUUACACAGGGAUGGGGAAACAUGCAUGUCGUCCACCUACGUUUCUAAGUGGCAUUCGUGUAAAGAGGAAAACCUUGAGGCCCUCCAGAUGUGAGAACUCCUGAAAAUCCCAGUAAUUCAAUAGCUGGAGGAUAUUCAGGUGAGAAAAGGCCAUUGGUGAAGAUGCUGGAGAUGGUUCCACCACAAAACCACGC